GAGAGAUAGUGUUAUAUAAAUAUACAAAUUAUUAUGUUAUUAAAAUGCAAAAAUGGUAAUUCAAUAUCUAAAAAGUGAAAUGUUGCAUGAUGUAAUGUAUAUAGCCAGUUGAAAGGUGAAAUCAUUAGGUGGUUAACCUUGUGUCAUUGCAUUUGAGUAGAUGCUAAGCUCUAAUAGAAAGUAUUUAUUUAGUCGAACUGUUUAGUCUCUGUGAAUCUGGUAGUUGCUAUUAGUGUCGCAAUCUAAACCUUUAAAAUGAGUUUAUUGUUUGGUUCUACAGUGUGUAUCACAAUGAUUUCUGAAAGUAGUACUCGUACAAUCCACAGAAUGUCAGCUCCCGGUCUUACAUCUGAAGCCCAGCUCAGGUAUAUGCUGCAGUGGUUUGGAGAGUUCAGUGAACUGCAACGUGAGGAUUUCUUGCCAGUACUGGCUGCAGCACGAGGUGAUAAACCUGACCAACUAGCAGCAACUCUUGCCAACCUCUCUUGUCAAGAUAAGCCUGUCAGUUUGUUUCAAUGCAGGAUUAAAUUAUUUAAUGAAUGGUACCCAACAUGGGCUGAGGAAGAACAAGACCGACUUAUUAAAGGAGUGUCAGAUAUGGAUCCAGAAUUUGGAGUGAAACUUCAGGAUCUCAUCGUAAACGGCCCUCAGUUAAAUGGCGAUGUUAAUGGUGCGGAUGAAGGGCAUUCUGCUGAAAAUGAGGUAGAAGAGAAUGAACCAUGGAGGAAUGGCGUUAAUGAAGAAGGUGUGGAAGGAAAUAGUGAAGGUGUCUCUCAAGACAACAUUCCUGUUGAAAUAGCAGCUGCUUCUUAAAAUGAAGGUAACCGGUAUAGAGUAUUGGUUGGGAAUCUCUUGGUUAUAGUGUCAUGACUAAACUAUAUUUAUUGCAACAUAUGCAGUUAUUAGAUUAUGCAUAUGAAUUUAGAUUAAUUAAAAUUGAAAGGCUAUAAUUAUUAGGUAAUUGUGAUAUUUUCAAAAGUGUAGAAAAAAAUGCCAUAUUAUUCACCUACAAAACUGAAAAUGUUAGGCAAUAAAAAUAUGAGCCAUUAUAAAUGAAAAUAAGUAAAAAUGUGUCAAAGACAGUAUAUAUUGAAAUUAUAUAUAUUUACAGCUUUGUACAUUUCGCAAAGUAUACAUUUGUAAACUAUAGAAAUAGAAACAUUCCCUAAUUAAUGCAUUCCAAUAAUAUUUAUGUACUUAGUAUAUUUCUUUUUAUCUUUUAUUAUUAUAUAAUUUUCCCUAAUUUUAUUACUACUGGAUUAUGGCAUCUUUUGUACAUUUUUUUUAAGGUUAAGAAUUUUUUUUGUAUUAAUUUUAUAAUUUCAAUAUGGUAUUUGCCUAAAGCAGAGGGACUAUAUUGUCUCCGCCUGAACAUAGUGUCUAAACUUUAUUAUUUAUUGUAAAUCAUGUUAUAGUUACUUCAAGUCAGCAGUAUUAAUUGUCAAAAUACAUUUUAAACAUCUAAUCAAAAGAUUAUUUAUAUUUCCAAAUAUUUAUUAAAUGAAGGAAGUUUUAUGAAAUGAAAUCGAGAAAUACUACUGAUUUUAUUUUCUGAUCCAACUUUGAUUUUUUUUAUGAAAACGUUAUAAUUUGUAGCAUAAAUAUAAUAAUAAUAUUAAUUUCAUACUAAUUUUGUAAUGUUUGAACUAUUUUUUAUAAAAUAAAUUCUUAAAUUAUAAUGCUACUAUCAGUACAAAUUUGAGUAUUACGUGCCAAGAUGAAUUAAUUUUAAACUUGUACAGUUAUUUUUAUAAUUUUCAAACUAUAAUUUAUAUUCACAUAGGCAAUAAUUCAUUACAAACAUUCCAUUAUUUAUUAUUAUUAAUAAUCAGUAAUCACUUCUGAUAUGUAUAAUUAUGUUAUCUUUAAUAUCAGAUAAUAACCAACUGUAACUACUUAGAAAAGAACUACCAAAACAUAUUUCUACCUGUAUUUAUGGGAACAUAUUUUAUUAUUUGUAAAUAAGUCAGUAGUGACUCACUAGUGACUCGGUAAUGGAAUUUCAAGUGAUAAAAGGUGCCCAUUGGUUAACCUGGAAUCAAGGAGAUGCCAUUUUAUCUAUAGAUACCUAUAAUCCUAAGUGAUUACUAAUAUUUACAUUUUUAUUAUUUUAUUAAAAGUAAGUUUUUAA